AGCCCAGCCGUAUCACGAAUACAGCGCAGCAUCGUUGUUUAGUGCGUACGUGGCCGCGUUGACGCCGGACUUGAUCUGCCCUGUAGGAGUUCAUUUCCUUCCACGGCUACGCCCAUCCAUACGCACACCCACACACACAUAUAUAUACGCAUUUGCUCGCAGGUUCCUUCAACAGUUGAUGUAUAGAGACAGCACACGUAACCUGUUCCGUUCUUUUUUGUGUGUGUGUGUUUUACUGUCAGUCGAAAUCUGUGCAGAUGCCCUCGCAGCUAGCGCCAACGGCUCCGGCGCGCGCGAGCAAGACCUCUACUUCGAAGAAGCCAAACUUAGCAAAGCGAGCCACCACCACUGCCGCUGCGGCGACGGCGACGACAACGACAGCGCGUGCAAGUGCCGCUGGCCCCGAUCUCUCCUCCUCCUCCGUAUCUCCGCGUGUGGAAGUCACCCCUGCCCUCGCGGAGUUCAUCAACUACGAUGUGGAUACGAGCUACGUCAUGCCGAUUGAGGUGCGCAACCGCAGCCAAGAAAUUCUCACCUUUCGCUUUGUCGCACCAACGCGGCACGUCUCCAUCUUCCGCCUGCUCAAUCCAGCCUCCGUGCGGGUGGCGCCUGGACUGGCGCACGUCCUAGAGGUUGAGUUCAGCACCCACCAGGCGGCGGAUUACGAGGACGUGUUGGCGGUGCUGAGCAGCGACGGUGGGCGGACCGAAGUGCCGCUGAGCGCCUGCCGGGUCCCGCAGCUGGAGUUUCCGUCGCUGAUUGACUUUGGAAAGGUGGAGCAGCAACACGCGGCGCAGACCCGCGCCCUCACACUGGUCAACCGGGGCCGAAAGGAUGCCCAGGUGCAAUUUGUUAUGGUGCCCGCCACUAACGAGACACAGAGCCCGCCGCGUGGCAUCUCCGUUAGCAACGUCGCCGCCGUCGCCGUCGCGCAGAGCCGCACGACGGUGAACAUUGAACUCAACGCCCUCCCUCCCGGCUCGUAUACGUGGAAGGUCGCGGUCGAGGUGGACGGACGGCGUCUGCCGGCGAUGCUAGAGGUGGUCGCCGAGGUGAUGGACUGCCGCAGCCGCCUUAUCGACACCCGCACCCACGAGGAGGUUGUCUCGCUUGAGUUUGCAGAGACGUACGCCGGCAACACAAAGGUGCACCAGUUGGAGGUGGUGAACGGCGGGUCGCAGGCGAUCAGCUUCGCCAUCCAGACUGCCCACACCCUCUCCGACGAAGGGGCCGCUCCGUUCCACUUUACGCCAAAUGAGGGCCGGCUGCCACCGCAGGGGCGUCAGUUGGUGACGGCGAAGUUCUGUCCAGUGCUGCAGCCGCGACGCACGGGGUGGAGCACGGCCACAGCAGCGACGGCGAUGGCGACCUCGCUCACCGCCGCCGCAACGGCUACCGCUGCCACCGCAGCAAGAGCCGGGGCGAAGACGUCCGAGGAGGCCGCCGAGAAGCGCCGCUACGAGGCCCUCUUCACGCUGCUUUUUGUCGAGACGGAGCAGACACAGAACUUCCGCCUCGUCGGGACGUCGUGCGAGACGCUUGUCCAGCUCUCCACCUCCUCCAUCGACUUCGGGACGUGUUUAAUGAAAGGCUCAAAGCAGUCCAGCCUUGUCAUCACGAACGCGGUGGCCCAUCUACCCAUGCGCUUUGAGCUGCGCCCGCCUUCCCACUUCUCCGUGACGCCGGCACGCGGCGUGGUGGCGGCCGGCGGCACCGUCGAUGUCAACGUUGAGUUCCACCCUCGUCGCCUCGGCCCCUAUGAGGAGCCGCUGACGCUGAGGGCGAACGACACUGUGACCCGCACUGUCACCCUGCGCGGCACCUCCGUGCACCGAAUCGCCAACGACGACGACGCAGCCAAGGCGACCUCCAUCAUCAACGCGACUGCCCGCACCGCACGGCACGAGCGUGCCCUGAACGAGGCCGCUGUGCCCGCCGCGGUGGACUUGGGCAUGAUCCCCGCAGAAGGCCUCACGCCACCAUCCCUCCCGCUCGAGGUGCCGCCGAGUGUCCUGCACGCCGACGGCGCUGGGCCACGGGCGCGGCAGAGCAACCACGUUGCCCCGCCCGUGUUCGGGGCACGCUCUCUGGUGAAGCGGCGCUACCACCCCACCCCCGCCACCACCCACGAGCGCCACGACUGCAGGCGAGAGCUGACGCCGAUGGAGGUGCUGAACGUCGUGCUGCCGCUGAAGGCGCUCGACUUUGGCCGCGUCACGGUGCACGCCGACGUCGUGGCGUCGCUUUUCAUUUUCAAUGGCACCGCCGCCUCCAUCCUCGCGGCGGUGCCGACGGACGCCGACGGCCUCGUGACGGUCGACCCGCCCAGCCAGGUGGUCCCGGCGCAGCGCAUGGCGCAGUUCGACGUGCACCUCUGCUCCCGCACCGUGCAGACCUUCCAGCAGGUGAUGCGAGUGGCGGUGAACCAGCAGCACUUCAUGCGCUUCAAUAUCCAGGCGGAGGUGGUCCCGGUGGAGGUGACGCUCUCGCAGAAGGAGGUGCACAUGGCGCUGCUGGGCCAGGCCGAGGACCCGGUGUGCACGGCGCAGGUAACAAUCGGCAACAGCGGGAACUGCGCUGCGAGCUAUCGCUGGAAUCUGCCGGCGACCUGCGAGUUUGACGUGGAGCCGCGCGCCGGUCUUUUAGAUGCCGGGGAGCAGCGCAGCAUCCUCCUCCGCUUCAGCCCCGCUGUCGGUACAUCGCAGGCGGCGUGUGAGGCGCUGUUGGAGGUGGAAGGCGCAGUGGAGAACAAGGUGCUGUCGCUUGUCGGGACAGUGGCGGCGACAAAGUGUGUGUGGGGCCCGUCUCCGCAGAUGACAGUGCAGGAGUCGGCCAUCGGUGCCGCAGCGUUGAAGGAGGUGGCAGCGGUGGCGGGGGUGUUGUCGCUCGGCCGCAUUGCAGCCGGUGUGUCGACGACCGGGACGCUGGUGUUGGUGAACAAGGGCAGGACAAACGCGUACUUUUCGGUGGGCAGUCUUCCGCCGUGGGUUACGGUGACCCCCGCGCAGGGCCGCGUCUGCACCGGCGAAGCGGAAGAGCUGACGGUGCGGGUGCGGCAGUCCGUCGCCGGCGCCGUGGCCCACACAGUGGAGUGCAUGGUGGUGGGCAUGCGCAAGCCCCUCACCGCCCACGUUGUGGCGACAGUGGUAGCCCCGCCGCUGAUUGUCAUGUCCGGAAACAAGGAACAGAGCGAGGUGCUGCUGCGCUUCGGCGAGGUCUACGUGGGCUGCCCGCAGUCCCGCUCGGUGGUACUGCGCAACACGAUGGAAGUCGCGGCGGCGGUGAGCAUCAAUUUGGAAGCGUGCGGGCACUACACGCUGGACUCGCCGGUUAUGGAAUUGGACGAAAGCGAAGGCUUCACCGCGUCCGAAUUAGGCGAGGCCGCGGACGCGGUGCGGCGCUCAAUCGCGCAGUCGCGCUUGCAGUCGAUGCGCUCCCUCUCCGUAGCUGAGGCUGCGACCUUGACUGCUGCCGCUCUCGUCACCGUCACACCCACUGCCGCGCCGCCCGGGCCGCGUGCGAACAUCGUCGUCGUGCCGCCCAACACGGACUUCGCCCUUUGCCUUUCGUACAACCCGCUGAAGCCGUCCGAGACGGCGCGGUGUGCGGUGCGGUGGCACCAGAUUGGCGCCGACGACCUGCACCCGUUGCCGCCUUUUAUGCUGGAGGCCGCGGCGCAAAACCCACCGGUGGUGCUCAGCGCGUCAUCGGUGACGUUCGCGCCGGUGGUGGUCGGUCAGCGACCGCCGCCGCGUAUCUUUUACGUCCGCCGCGGCAAGGAGAGUGUCAGCGGUCAUGCCGCUGCUGCUGCUGCUGCGGCGGUGCAGACGGGGAACAGGAGUUCCAGCAACCACAGCAGCAGCUCCGCUUCUACUCCAGGCGGUGGCGCCCCUUUGCACAAGCAGCCGCCGGUGCCGUGGCGUUUGCAGCGCAACGUCGAUGACCACAACAUGCUCGUGGAGCCCAGUCGUGGCGUGCUCAAACCCGGCGAAGACGAGCAGGCGGUGACGCUCACGUUUCUGCCCUCCACUGCAGGGACGCUGCAGGCGCUGCUGGAGCUGAAGGUGGGCGACGAGGCGGGGCACGACAACACUACGGUGGACGGCAGCGACGCGCCGUGCGGUGUCUGCGAAGUGACGGCGUCGGCCAUCGACCCCCGCGUGCGCAGCAGCACGACCGCGCUCAUGUUUCCCACCGUCCCGCUCGGCGUGGCCGUCCAGGCGACGGUGCUACUCUACAACGAGGGCUACGACUCCAUUCGCGUCGACUACACCGGCACCUGUGCGCCACCGUUGGAAGUGUCGUUUCCACAGGGCCACGUCAUGGGCCGUGCCCCGCGCGACGAGCUGCCUGUCACCUUCACCUUCUGUAGCCCAGUGCCCAUCACCGUGCGCUCCUCGAUUCGCCUCAGCACAGAUGCCGGCGGAUCUGUUGACAUCGACAUCUGCGGCAGCGCCGUCAACUCGAUCGUGUCGACGGAGAUGUUUGUCGCCUACGUGACGUCUACGCCCUCCAUCACGGCGUCGGCGGACACGCCGUACACGUGGGUCGACAACAGCGAUGCCACCUCCCUCGAUAACAGCAACAGCGUAGGGGCAGCACGUAUUCUGUGCGCGUUAGCGCCGGCGGAGCGCAGCACCAGUCGCGGCCGAUCGGCGCACGACCUCGUCGACGUCGUGGAGAAGGAGGUGGACUGGGAGGGCGAGAAGGAGUGGCUGACGGCGUGGUGGAACGUGUACGUGUGCCGCACCCCGGUGGGCGACAUCAUUGAGGCGCUGCAGAUUUCUCGAGGCGGUCUCAUCGCGGAUAUGAUUGGGCAACUUACAGGCAAGCGUCCGCGACGUACGGAGACUGAUGUUGCGACUACUGCCACUUCCGCUGCUGCGGCCUUCACCACCGCCUCGGGCACCUCGGGGCGGCGCAAGAAGCAGCGUGCAAGUGGUGGUGGUGGUGCUGCUGAGCAGGUGCACAACCUCUCCAGCACCGCGGCGGAUGUCGCACUAUCGUCAGCGUCGCACGCCGUCCCUAAAGAGCUGCGGUCCCUCGAUACCCUCGUGAGCUACCUGCGGAACUGCGGCGGGUGUCUGAGCGACAUCGAACUUCCUUACCUCCUCCCACUGGACGCCUAUUUGGAGUAUAUGACGGAGCACCACCGAGAAGUGAUUGACCGCGAAGUGCAGCAUCUGGAAGCAGCAGCCGCGGCAGGAAUGGUGGAAGAGAGCGUGCUGGCGACCGUGUUCCAGCAGCGUGCUACGGCGUCGUGGCUGGUCAUGAUGCGGGAGUCCGUGCGUCUCUUCUACGUGUCACAAGUGCGCGGCACCGCCAUCGUCGCACCUCCCGCGUUGAUGGGUCGCUGGGCGUCUGCUCCGUUCCGCCGGACACUCGCUCGCAGCAACGUCUACAGUGAAGAGGAGUCGGUGCUGCUGCGCUGGGUGGAGGCGGCUACGGCAACGUUUGUGGAGACGGAGAGGUCGGACGUGCGCGACAUGCUGCACGUGACGGCGCCCCCGCAGCAGCUGGAGGAUCUGCGUGAUGCGCGGCGACUCCUGGCGGUGGUGUUGGCCUACGUCCCCUUUUUAGCCUCGCAGGUCCGCGAAGGCUUAUUGAACGUGAUGGGCGCGGCGGGUGCUGCCGUUGCAUCUGGUGGGAUCACGGGUGCUGCUGGCACCGCAGGCGGCGGCGGUGGUGGCGACGCAGCCAGCGUCGCUGCGGGUGGCGGGGCUCACGAACCAACCGCCGUUGCCGUCGUGCUGAUGCACGUGCUACACCUCCUGGGUGUCCCUGGGUUGCCGACACCCAUGGCCUUUGUUUCGGCCACUCCGACGCGUCUCGUGCUGCUCCUCACCCACCUGUAUCUGUACCUUCCGAAGUUUGCCGCUAGCACGCCGGUGUGCUUCUCCGGCCGUGCCCUUACCACCCUCACUGAGACGAUCAGCGUCGACAACACGAGUGAGGAGCAGCGGCACUACCGCGUGCUGUUGCCAGACAACUCCCCCUUUCGGCCGGCGGCGGAGGAGCUGGUCGUCAGUCCGCGCAGCAGCGCCACGCUCACCUUCACCGUCGUACCACGCACGCAGCGGCCGCUGCAAGGGCAGUGCGCGCUGAUUGACCGCUCCCCGCAGGCGUCCCCGGCGGAGCGGAUGCCGUUUGUCUUCCUCCUGACGGCAGCCCCCACUGCGGAGCCGCUGCGCACCAUCCAGGUGAGCACCCCCUUGUACGAGCCCCUGCAGUCGGAACUGCAGAUCGAGAACCCCUUCCCGGUGAACUGCGUCGUUAGCCUCCGCGUGUCGCAGCGACGGCUGCCCGCUGCGGAGCGCGAGUCUGACGUGGCGAGGAGCCCCGCCAUGCCGUGGCUGUACGAAGAGCAGGAAUCCUACUGGCGGGCGGGGCACGACACGCCGUUUGUGGUCGCGUCGGACGUUUUGUCCCUGCGGCGUGGCGAGACGACGCGACUGCCAUUUUCUUUCCUGCCGCUGUCCAGGGGCACCUACCGGCUGCUGCUGACGUUCCACGAGGAAAAGGAGGGUGAGUUUACGUACGCGGUGGAGGCGACGUGCGGGUGGCCAAAGCCCGUCGACGCCGGCGUGGAGCUGCGCGUCGAGCAAGGUGAGCAGUGCGCCUCCGUCCUUUCUGUGAAAAGCACGAACGCCGCUCUUGAGCGCUGCCUGAAGGUGUACGAAGACCGCGCCCACCGCACGCAGCGCACCGACCUCGGCCACCUCCUCAGCGGCGCCACCUACGCCGUGUACUUUGUGAACGACGAGAUGGAAGGGCCAAACCCGUUCUUUUCCCCCGAUAUCAACUCCUACGAGUCGCCAACGAGCCCGGCCGCGACGGGGACGCUGCCCUUCACGUUCUGUCCGCAGAGUGUCGGCGUCUACCGCACCCUCGUUCUUCUCCUCUCUGCGGUGGAGGUGCGGCUGCUUCGGCUCGUCGGCGAAUGCGUGCCGAAGGGUGACUGCCGUGAGCUGCAGUUUGUCUGCCCGGCACGUCAGUCCAUCGCGCAGCAAAUCACGCUGACGAACCACACCGCCAACGACUGGUUCUUCACCGCGACCCUGGAGGGCUCCUCGCACUUUAGCGGGCCGCACGACGUUCGCGUCCCCAGCGGACGGUCAAAGGACUACACCAUCAAGUACUCCCCCACCUGGAUCACCACGGAGAGUGACGUGGCUUCCCUCCUGUUGCUGAACAGCACCACCGGGCAGAAGCACGCGUACACGCUGCAGGGCAAAGCGGAGCCGCCGCUGUCGGAGGGGAUCGUCAACGUUGACUGCCGCGCGCGCGAGCACGAGGUGGUGGAGUUGAUGGUGCCGAACAUCGUCAGCCAGGAUGCAACCUACUUUGUGAAGAUGGACCUUGCCUACUGCGAAGGGGAGUCGCCGACGCUCGUCAUCCCGCGCGCGUCGGCGCGGCGCUACACGAUCCAGGUGAAGCCCACCGUCGGCGGCGACUACACCGGCCGUGUCAGCUUCACUUCUCCCCACGGCCGCUACGUGUGGUACGCGGUGCAGCUGCACGUCGAUCCGCCGGAGAAGGAGGGCACCGUGGAGCUGAAGACGGAUGUGCGGACGUCGAUGGUGGCGGAGGUGACGGUGACGAACCCGCUCGACACGCCGCUCUUCUUCAAGGUGCAGCGCUACGGCGCUGGUCUCUACGGCGCGAACACCUUUCAGCUCGGGCCGAAGGCGGCCUCGACCUACGGCGUUCUGUUUGUGCCGACGCAGGUCGGUGAGUCGACGGGCCGCCUCUCCCUCGUCAGCGACGUUGUCGGUGAGUUCUGGUAUGAGCUGCGUAUGAAGGUGACGGAGGCGGCGCCGGAGCCUCUGCCUUUUGCGACGACUCCGCUCGGUUUGAGGCAAAUCAUGCAGGUGCACCUGCCAAACCGCACGAACGCCAGCUGCAUCUUGACGGUCGAAUCCACCAAUCCCUCUGCCUUCAACACCGCCACGCCGGCACGGGUGGUGCUGGCCGCCAACGCGGAGACCGUCGUGGAUCUCGUGUACGUGCCCAACACGGUGGGUGUCGAGCAGAAGGCCACCGUGACACUGCGCCACCCGGAGUUGGGCUGCUGGCGGUACGCCUGCACCGGCACGGGCGCCCCGCCGCUGCCCGCCGAGCCGCUCACGUGCAACAGCACCGUCGGCGCCACCGCGCUCGUCACCCUUCCCUUUGUGAACGUCCUCUCCAAGGACACCGCGCUCGAGGUGCGGCUGAAGAACGCGUCGCCGGCCUUCUCGCUGCGCACGGUGCCGCCUGGUCCGGUAGCGGCGGGGGCGGCAGCGCCUAUCACCGUCGCCUUUGCCCCGACACUCGUGAAGCGCGACGAUGCAACGGUCGAGGUGCGGCCGCUGGUGGGCGCGACGGACCGGGCGUACAACGCGGUCUGGGUCUACCCGAUCCGAGGCUUCUGCGAGUACCGCCAGUCGUCGCCCCCGCUGCGGCUGCGCUGUGCGGCUCGGACGCAGUGGGAGGACAAGGUGUACCUCCACGCACCCGGGCUGACGCCGGAGCUGGCCGAUGGCGUCACACCGGCGUUUGAGGUGGACGCGAACCAGAGCUACCGUGACACCGCCGCGACGAGUGUGUCGUGCGUGUUGACGACGCCCAGCCCCUACCCGGACGGCUUUGAGGUACAGCUGAGGUUUUUCCCGCUGCGGCCCUUCAUUGGGUCGGGUUGGAUCGUUCUUCAAGGCGUGGACGGUGGGGUGUGGCGGUACCGCGUGCAGUUUGAAGCCACCACUGCCGCGCCAGACGACACGAUUGUGCUGCACGGCGAGUACAAGGAGACCACCGCCGCCACCUUUGACCUGCACAACGUGUUUCCCUACCGCUCCCCGUUCUUUGCCUACUUUACCGCGGAGAGUUCGAAGGAUCUGAGCGUGACGCCGACGCACGGGGUGCUGCUGCCUUUUGUUCCCGGGCAGCGAGGCGCGGCGACGGCGACGAGUAUGCAGCUGACGGUGAAGCCCUCCUCACGUAUUCCGCAGGUGGAAGGCACGCUUGUGAUAGACACAGAUGAUAUGCAGUGGAUUUUUCGUGUAGUGGGCAAGUUUGGCCACCAAUCUCGCGCGACGAACUAG